UUCGGAACGUUGGCCGAGAGUCGCCACAACCGCUCACGAGCGUCACUCUCGCGUGCUUCUACAGGCCUGCAGUACUCACUGUGUUUCUGGACCGUCAGAGACCAUAAGAAAUGAAAUCUCUUCGUAAGAGUCUGUUUACUGAGCUUAAUUCUAGUCGUUAAGACUUCUGUCUGAAGACUGAUUCAAUCUCCUCUCACGGAACGCGGUUGGUGUCAGAUGUCACAGGACUCACUGUGCCAAGGUCAACUUAAGGUGACCAGAAGUAUUAGAAUUUUACGCGGUGCCGUGCAUCGGACACAAAUCAACACUUUGCAGAGCAAGUGAAGCGUGCCUACAGUAACAACUGCCGCAGUUACGUCUGCUCGAGAUGACGUCGUGCAAGCCUUACGAUCUGCUCCAAAAGUUCCGGCAUUCCAGGAAACUGGUUUUGGUCAUUGUUUUCGUGGCCCUGUUCCUGGACAACAUGUUGCUGACUGUAGUAGUUCCCAUUGUGCCCAACUUUCUUCGGAAACUUGAGAACCCUUACACUGUCGUAAACAGAACCAAGAUGGAGUUAGGCAUCACCGAGGCGCCUACCUUUGAGGUCCGUUGUAGAAACUUUACUUCCUUGCCUAGAAUCAACGCCACGGGCUAUUUCGGGAGUAGUGGCUACAUCAUGGAGAACAUCAAGGACGCCCCAAGGUACUAUGCGCACGCCUUUGGGCGCCUGGACGCCAGGGAAGUAUGCUACAACGAGACAGUGUGGCACAACCUUUCUGCUGUGUAUGUCACGGUGACCGAACGAUCCCCAAGGAAGGCCGACCUGGACGCUGAGAAUAUAGAAGUGGGAUUCAUGUUCGCCUCGAAGGCUAUCAUGCAGCUCAUCGCCAACCCGUUUAUAGGACCGGUCACUAACAGAGUUGGAUAUACAAUACCUAUGUUCGUUGGAUUUUUCAUAAUGAUGGUGUCCACUAUAAUCUUUGCCUUUGGUGAGACCUACGCAGUUCUGUUUGUAGCUCGGACCGUACAAGGAAUCGGGUCGUCGUGUUCCAGUGUAGCAGGUAUGGGAAUGAUCGCUUCAUAUUAUCCGGAUGACAAAGAAAGAGGAAACGCAAUGGGUAUAGCUUUAGGAGGUCUUGCUCUGGGAGUCUUGGUUGGGCCCCCAUUUGGGGGUGUUAUGUAUGAAUUCGCCGGCAAAGAGGCCCCAUUCCUCAUUCUGGCAGCGCUGGCAUUUUUUGAUGGCUGCCUACAGCUUCUAGCCCUCCAGCCUUCAGUAAAACCAGAGUCCCAGGAAGGAACAGCCUUCAAGGAGCUGCUCCGUGACCCUUACAUUCUGUUAUGCGCAGGAUCUAUCACGUUUGGUAACAUGGGCAUAGCCAUGAUGGAACCGUCUCUACCCAUCUGGAUGUACAAGACCAUGCACUCCUCUGAGUGGCAGCAAGGAAUCGCUUUUCUACCUGCCAGCAUUUCCUACGCAAUCGGCACAAACCUGUUUGGACCUCUGGCUCACAAGAUGGGAAGAUGGCUGAGCGCAAUGAUUGGAAUGUUGAUCAUCUCAAUUUGUUGCUUUGCAUUGCCAUUUUCCAAGAACAUUGGUCAUCUGAUAGCACCAAACUUUGGCAUGGGUUUUGCGAUAGGUAUGGUCGAUUCAGCAAUGAUGCCACAUAUGGGCUACCUGGUAGAUCUACGUCACGUGUCUGUCUACGGGAGUGUCUACGCCAUCGCUGACGUGGCUUUUUGCCUGGGCUUCGCCAUCGGUCCUUCACUAAGUGGAACUAUAGUGUCUAGUAUAGGAUUCCAUUGGAUGCUUUGGAUUAUCGCAAUAGUCAACUUGAUUUACGCCCCUUUGUUAUAUUUCUUGAGGAAUCCACCAGCCAGGGAAGAGAAAAUGAGUUUGAUUAUGAGUGAACAAUGUCCAGUCAAAUACGUGACGUACAAUCAGAGUGGACAGAGUCCACAGUCUGAGGAAGAGUACGAUUACUACGAACAGUGAGGAACCCCCACAAAGCCUCCCGACAAGUGAAGAAACCUGGCCUUAAGAUUGCUCCCUUCACAAACUGAGCCGUAGACCAGGCGAAACCCCGAAACCAGGCCUCAGUGUGCAACGCUCAUACGCCCAGCACAAACUGGACAGUCCGUUGUAAUUCCAGAGAUAGUAAACAUUUCUUUGUGUUUGAUUUCUUCAUAAACUCAACAAAUGCUAUUUGACAUCUCUGUGUUCACACAGUCAUAUUAGGUAGAGUUACUGCCCUUAGUUUAGUGUAGUAUAGUCUAGAAAGUUUGCUGGACUUCAGUUGUAUCAAACAAGCAAUACAAUCAAUCAACAUUUUUCCAUGAUCAACAGUCUUUCUAUUGUACUUUCUUUUUUUUUUUUUUUUGAUGCACACACUUCCACAUCCUAACACUUCCACAUCCUCGUACAGCUCUCUCUUACAACACAUCUUCUAUUUCUCCAUCACACAUCUUCUGUCCCAUUAAAUCACACAUCUUUUGUUCCAUUAAAUCACACAUAUUUUGUUCCAUUAAAUCAUACAUCUUUUGUUUCAUUAAAUCACACAUAUUUUGUUCCAUUAAAUCACACAUCUUUUGUUCCAUUAAAUCACACAUCUUUUGUUCCAUUAAAUCAUACAUCUUUUGUUCCAUUAAAUCACACCUUUUCUUCCAUUAAAUCAUAAAUCUUUUGUUCCAUUAAAUCACACACCUUUUGUUCCAUUAAAUCACACAUCUUUUGUUCCAUUAAAUCACACACCUUUUGUUCCAUUAAAUCACACAUCUUUUGUUCCAUUAAAUCAUACAUAUUUUGUUUCAUUAAAUCACACACCUUUUGUUCCAUUAAAUCACACAUCUUUUGUUCCAUUAAAUCACACAUCUUUUGUUCCAUUAAAUCACACACCUUUUGUUCCAUUAAAUCACACAUCUUUUGUUCCAUUAAAUCACACAUCUUUUGUUCCAUUAAAUCAUACAUCUUUUGUUCCAUUAAAUCACACCUUUUCUUCCAUUAAAUCAUAAAUCUUUUGUUCCAUUAAAUCACACACCUUUUGUUCCAUUAAAUCACACAUCUUUUGUUCCAUUAAAUCACACACCUUUUGUUCCAUUAAAUCACACAUCUUUUGUUCCAUUAAAUCAUACAUAUUUUGUUUCAUUAAAUCACACACCUUUUGUUCCAUUAAAUCACACAUCUUUUGUUCCAUUAAAUCACACAUCUUUUGUUCCAUUAAAUCACACACCUUUUGUUCCAUUAAAUCACACAUAUUUUGUUUCAUUAAAUCACGCACCUUUUGUUCCAUUAAAUCACACAUCUUUUGUUCCAUUAAAUCACACAUAUUUUGUUCCAUUAAAUCAUACAUAUUUUGUUUCAUUAAAUCACACACCUUUUGUUUCAUUAAAUCACACAUCUUUUGUUCCAUUAAAUCACACAUCUUUUGUUCCAUUAAAUCACACAUCUUUUGUUCCAUUAAAUCACACAUCUUUUGUUCCAUUCAAUCACACAUCUUUUGUUCCAUUAAAUCACACAUCUUUUGUUCCAUUAAAUCACACAUCUUUUGUUCCAUUCAAUCACACAUCUUUUGUUCCAUUAAAUCACACAUCUUUUGUUCCAUUAAAUCACACAUCUUUUGUUCCAUUAAAUCACACAUCUUUGUUUCCAUUAAAUCACACAUCUUUUGUUCCAUUAAAUCACACAUCUUCUGUCUAAAUUAAUCACACAUCUUCUGUUUCAUUCAAUCACACAUCUUCUGUCUAAAUUAAUCACACAUCUUCAGACUCUCUUUCACUCAUCUUUAUUCUGUCUCUCUCGAUCACACAUCUUCAGACUCUCUUUCACUCAUCUUUAUUCUGUCUCUCUCGAUCACACAUCUUCAGACUCUCUUUCACUCAUCUUUAUUCUGUCUCUCUCGAUCACACAUCUUCAGACUCUCUUUCACUCAUCUUUAUUCUGUCUCUCUCGAUCACACAUCUUCUGUGUCUCUCCUUCAAUUCUUCUCCUGAAGUUUUUUGUUUUAUUCUCCCCAAUAAUUUUAUAUCAAUAAAAGAAAAAUCGAAGAUAGAGUGCUUGUGAGUGUACCAAACAUUCAUCUAUCAUGUGGAGUGACUGAUUAUUGAAAGCUUAUGAAGUGUUCAUAUGUUAUGAGUUAUCGAAAUUAUCAACAGGUAAAAAUGUCAUUUGAUAAGCUAUUUACCGUUGUUUUAUUUCUGUAAAAUUGUGAAUGAUUAGUGGAGAUAAAGCCUAACAUAGAUUUAGUCCAUUUUCGUCCCUAAAUGUAUUAAAAAUUGACGGGAGGCUAUGACUAGAGAAAAAAAUUGAUUUUUUAAAAGUUAAUUGUUAUGAAAAUGACUGAGCUGAGGAUUUCUGACUGAAUUGAGAAAGAGACUGACUUUAAAAGUCUGAUUGAUUUGAAAAUGGCUAAUUCAAUGUUUGAUGACUUACUGUUUUAAUUUCGUUUAUCUGUUUUGAAGACGGCUGUCUGAUAGAUUACUGCGUGUGACCGACUGUUCAAAGAUUGCCUGUUUUAAAGAUAACUUACUUCUGUAUUGAAGACGACUGUCUGAUAGCUAUCUGCGUGUGACUGACUGUUCAAAGAUUGCCUGUUUUAGAGAUAACUUACUUCUGUAUUGAAGACGACUGUCUGAUAGCUAUCUGCGUGUGACUGACUGCUCAAGGAUUGCCUGUUUUAGAGAUAACUUACUUCUGUAUUGAAGACGACUGUCUGAUAGCUAUCUGCGUGUGACUGACUGUUCAAAGAUUGCCUGUUUUAGAGAUAACUUACUUCUGUAUUGAAGACGACUGUCUGAUAGCUAUCUGCGUGUGACUGACUGCUCAAGGAUUGCCUGUUUUAGAGAUAACUUACUUCUGUAUUGAAGACGACUGUCUGAUAGCUAUCUGGGUGUGACUGACUGUUCAAAGAUUGCCUGUUUUAAAGAUAACUUACUUCUGUUUUGAAGACGACUGUCUGAUAGCUAUCUGCGUGUGACUGACUGUUCAAAUGUUGCCUGUUUUAAAGAUAACUUACUUCUGUUUUGAAGAUGACUGACUUAAUAGCAAAACCAAUAAAUGACUUUAUGCAAAUCAAAAUUGUAUGCAGCAGUGUUAUGUAGGCGUUUUUCUGUGUGUGUGUUUUGUGUGUGAAUGUGUAUAUCUUUGAGUGAAAUUAGGGAAUGAUUUGUAAUUAUUAUUGAUUUAUUUUACCUUUUUUUUUUUUUACAAUAACUAGCCUAAUGCUAACCCUAAGACAAUAACUAUAGACAGUAUCUUAAUACGCACUAACCUUCCACGGUGAACUGUCUGGUAAAAAAAAAUCCAUGUCCUUUUUUUAUUCUAAAAUUUAAUAUUAUUUCAAUAAAAAACAGAGAAAAAAGAUUCCUUGUAAGUGUACCAACCAUUAUAACUGUCAAUAACCUCGAAAAAAGGCUUUCUAUAGUAUAUAGGAGAUAUGUCAAAGCCAUGAAACAAGACUUUAUAUAGUUCUUGUUGAUGGUCGUUGACUUUUAGCACCAAACUGCUGGUAGACAACUAAACCGCCGUAUUCGUAUUGUAUUUUAACUUGUAAAAUUUGCAAUAACUUAAAUCGCUUACAUAACUUCUUUGUGAACAAUACUAAUUAUAGCUUUUAAUUUGAGAUAAAAUUAAAUAAAUGAAGUAGACUAUAGUGAUAAUAUAAAAUGGUAGUCUGAACAAAAUCUAACUCAUUGCAAAAACACGUCUUUUCACUCUGGCGUUCUGGAGUCGUCUGCCCUAUCUAAGACAGCGGACGACAUUGCCAACUAUCUUGCAUCAUUCACAACCAAUCGCUAACUUCUUCCCAUCGUCACCAUAGAAACACACACACACACACACACAAUCUAUUACAAUAUUAGACGGGAGACUUCCUUUUCAUAUGAAGUCCAUAUGUGUUUCUUUUGUAGAGUCACUAGUUUAAACAAAUAUAGAUAUAAUGUUGAGAAGAUGAUGUAUGCUAGCUCAAGAUGUUUGAGAAUAUGUGUGUGUGCGCGCGCGCGCGUGUGUGUGUGUGUGCGUGCGCGUGUGUGUGUGUGUGUGUUUGUGUGCGCAUGUGUUUGUGUGUGUGUGUGUGUGAAUGAGAAAGCGAGUAAGAAAUAUUCUGAGCAGUAAAUGAGAAGCACUUGUACAUCAACUUGACAUUUCGAAAAGAAUUUUCAUCUUAAUACAUCCACAUGUCAUUCAAAUGGCAUUCAAAUGACAACUGUUUUCAUUAUUGUACAUCAUGACAUCUAUUUCAAUGCCAACUGUUGUGUAUCUAGAACUUUAGUUCCGCCCUUUGGUUUCAUUCAUAUCAUUUAUUAAAAGUGUGUUGAUACAAUUUUA